AUGCGCCGUCCGAAGCUGCCGCGGCAGGGUUUCGGAGCCCCGCCGGUGGGGAGGAAUCUCGCGGCUGCGCGACGUCUCGCGGCGGGUGACUUCCUGCGCCGGGAGCCGUGUCCCCGGGAGCAGCGCUGGCUCUUCUCGCCUGCUCGGAGUGGCUUGAAACGAAGUUCUCGGAGCCUGUUGCUUGUUGACAGGGAGGCCGGGAGCUGCUCCGGACGUGCAAACACCAGGAGAACAAAGGCGCUCAGCUCCUUUGUUUGCCUGGCUGCUGUCAGCGCGCUGGUGCCGUUCCUGGGCUCUGCCCGCCUCCGGGCGCUGACGCCGGCCUCGCUGCAGGAGGUGCUGCAGGACGGUGGGGGACCUCCGUGGCCGGGCAGCGGGUUGCUGCCCGCUGGACCCUGCUGCUUCGCAGCCUACACUUACGACUCGGGCAUCCACUCCGGCGUCAACACCCAGGUGCCCUCCGUCAGCAGCAAGUGCGUCGGGGACGACGACGAGGUCUACGGCAAGCAGUACACCAUCAAGAAGACCACCACGAGCUACUGCCAGGGAGGGGGCCAGGGCCAGAGCCAAGUGCAAGCAGAUAUGGAGGCUCAGCUGGCCAUGACCCGGGCCCAGCGUGUCCGGGCUGCCAUGUACCCCGAGACCGUGGAGGAUCGUUCCCUGCUCAUCACCACCCAGAUAGAGGGGCAGCCGACCAACGUGCAGCGCCUGGCGGAGCCCUCGCAGAUGCUGAAAUCUGCCAUCGUGCACCUGAUCAACUACCAGGAUGAUGCAGAGCUGGCCACCCGUGCGAUCCCAGAGCUCACCAAACUGCUCAACGACGAGGACCCGGUGGUAGUCAGUAAAGCGGCCAUGAUCGUGAACCAGCUCUCCAAGAAGGAGGCGUCCCGCCGCGCCCUGAUGCAGUCGCCCCAGAUCGUGGCGGCCGUGGUGCGCACCAUGCAGAACACCAGCGACCUGGACACGGCCCGCUGCACCACCAGCAUCCUGCACAACCUCUCGCACCACCGCGAGGGCCUGCUCUCCAUCUUCAAAUCAGGCGGCAUCCCAGCCCUUGUCAGGAUGCUCAGCUCGCCGGUCGAGUCGGUCCUCUUCUACGCCAUCACCACCCUGCACAACCUGCUGCUCUACCAGGAAGGGGCCAAGAUGGCUGUGCGCCUGGCCGACGGCCUGCAGAAGAUGGUUCCCCUGCUCAACAAGAACAACCCCAAGUUUCUCGCAAUCACCACCGACUGCCUUCAGCUCCUCGCCUACGGGAACCAGGAGAGUAAGCUGAUUAUUUUGGCCAACGGAGGACCCCAAGCCCUGGUGCAGAUCAUGCGCAGCUACAACUACGAGAAGCUGCUCUGGACCACGAGCCGGGUGCUCAAGGUGCUGUCGGUGUGUCCCAGCAACAAGCCUGCCAUCGUCGAGGCUGGCGGCAUGCAGGCUUUGGGCAAGCACCUGACCAGCUCCAGUCCCAGGCUGGUACAGAAUUGUCUCUGGACCCUGAGAAACCUUUCUGAUGUGGCUACCAAACAGGAGGGCCUGGACGGUGUCCUCAAGAUCCUGGUCAACCAACUGAGCUCUGACGACGUGAACGUGCUGACCUGUGCCACCGGCACCCUCUCCAACCUGACCUGCAACAACAGCAAGAACAAGACCCUGGUGACACAGUCUAAUGGGGUGGAGGCCCUGAUCCACACCAUCCUGCGGGCAGGCGACAAGGAGGACAUCACCGAGCCGGCUGUGUGCGCUCUCCGGCACCUCACCAGCCGGCACCCCGAGGCCGAGAUGGCGCAGAACUCUGUGCGGCUGAACUACGGCAUCCCUGCUAUCGUCAAGCUCCUCAACCAGCCCAACCAGUGGCCCCUGGUCAAGGCUACUAUAGGUCUGAUCCGCAACCUGGCCCUGUGUCCGGCCAACCAUGCCCCGCUCCAGGAGGCCGCUGUGAUCCCGCGCCUGGUCCAGCUGCUGGUCAAGGCUCACCAGGAUGCUCAGCGUCACGUAGCGGCAGGCACACAGCAGCCGUACCAGGAUGGAGUGAAGAUGGAGGAGAUCGUGGAGGGAUGCACAGGAGCACUGCAUAUCUUGGCCCGGGACCCCAUGAACCGGAUGGAGAUCUUCCGGCUCAACACGAUCCCUCUCUUUGUGCAGGAUGGAGUGAAGAUGGAGGAGAUCGUGGAGGGAUGCACAGGAGCACUGCAUAUCUUGGCCCGGGACCCCAUGAACCGGAUGGAGAUCUUCCGGCUCAACACGAUCCCUCUCUUUGUGCAGUUCCGAAUCUCCGAGGACAAGAACCCCGACUACAGGAAGCGUGUGUCUGUGGAGCUCACCAACUCCCUCUUCAAGCACGACCCCACAGCCUGGGAGGCGGCUCAGAGCAUGAUCCCCAUCAACGAGCCCUACUCAGAUGAGCUGGACCCCGGCUACCGCCCCAUGUACUCGGGUGACAUCCCCCUGGACCCCAUCGACAUGCACAUGGACAUGGACGGUGAUUACCCCAUGGACGCCUACAGCGACGGCGUCCGGGCGCCCUUCGCUGACCACAUGCUCGCCUAACCUGCCCCUCAGGCCCCGCACCAGGUAGAGGCGAUGCGUGCGUUUGUCGGGGUGCUGGGUGCUUAUCGCCAAUGCGCUCUU